AUGGCGGGGGAGGAGCCCGUGGAGGGAAGCCAGAGUAGGAGUCGGAUGGAUCUGAACCUCACACAAUUGCCGCGGCCUCUAGGACAGCUGGGAGGGGCUAUUGAUUGUUUGGAGCUGGCAAAACUGCAGGAGCUGCCCAUCGCUGAAGUUCCAAGAACGGGUGAGGUAGCAGGGUUGCAGGCACCAGAGGAGACACCGCUACAGCCCGCGGUGUACUCUUCAUCCAAUGCACUAUCCAUGCCAGAGCUCCCCACUCCGGAGCUAUCGCUUAUAGAUCCGAUGAUCAUUGAGUGGAUCGACAACCUAACUACAAACAGUGGAGAGGGUCUUGAUGUUGGUGAACCUGCUGCGGUGCCCGCAAAUGAUGGAAAUGUGUCGUCACCCGUGAUGCCGCCACCGCUGCCGACUCUAGUUGGUUCGGAUGAUAUUGGUCUUGAAUGGGUGGAAAGGCGUUUGCACCCUCUUGUGGUGCCUCAUGUCAUCCCUAUGGAGAUGGUCAACACAACGCGAGGGCAUGGCGGUGGUGCAAUUGAAGAGAUGACGCCCGAGCUCCACCCACAAAGGCUCUCACAGGUGAGCGAACACCACUGCAUCAUGAGUCCAGGACCAGUGACCCGCAACCAGCGGGCAACUAGUCCAGAAGGGGAUAGACUGGUGCAGGCCAUCAAGGAGUCUCAUAGCUCACUAGUCGCCUCAAGGGGUUCUAUAAAGUGCAGGGACUGUGGAUGUAACUCCAGUUUUGGGUGCAAUAUCUGCCUAGAAGCAGCCAAAGAGCCGGUGGUUACACCGUGCGGUCACAUGUUCUGCUGGCCAUGCUUGUACCAGUGGCUUCAUGGACGUUCGGUCCACCCUGUGUGCCCUGUCUGCAAGGGAGGGGUACUCGAAGUAAACGUCACACCGAUUUAUGGAAGUUCAGGUGAUGAACGUGGCGCCUCCAACAAUCAUAUCCCUCCUAGGCCUCGUGCUAACAGAACUGGGAGCUUGAGGCAGCAUCUGGAAAUGCAGGAAUCAAGAGGCAUCGCAAACAUGGUGAGACAGUUUAUAGAAAAUCAGGAGAUAUUGAGAGCCAAUUCUGUUGCACCUGGAGGUGGGGGUGAGGUGACUGUGCUUCCUGCAGCCCAGCCAAGGGGUGGUAGGGUUCAGCGACAACAAAGACAAGAUAAUGAUGCAGGCAAUACAAAUUCCCCAACACUGCAGCAAGUGAGCAAUCCUGCCCCUCGGGGUGGCAUUCAGGUUACAAUGCAAUCUUCUAGUGCUGAUAAUGAUGCACUAGCAAUUCCUCAGCAGUCAUCAUCCAUGGAGCAGGCAUCGACUUCCAGCACCGUGGCUGUUAUAGUGGGGCAGACAGCCCAAAGUAGGAGGUCAAGGCCUUCGGAGUCUACCACAACCACAAGGAGAACAAGGAGGAGGAGGCAGCAGCAACAGCAGUAG